AUGGCACUUACAGCCAGACAGGUCGAAACAGCCAGACCUAAAGAAAAAGACUAUAAACUCUCUGACGAACGUGGUUUAUAUCUGCUGGUAAAAACCACGGGUGCCCGCUACUGGCGGCUUAAAUACCGGAUAGCAGGAAAAGAGAAAAAACUGGCCCUCGGCGUCUAUCCCGACGUCUCCCUUGCUGAAGCCAGAAUCAAACGCGACGAUGCCCGAAAAAUUAUCUCCGAAGGUGGUGACCCGGGCGAAAAGAAGCGAAAGGAAAAACUCUCUCAGAAAAUCUCUGCCACCAAUACGUUCCAUGCCCUCGCUACGGAAUGGCACCAGCAUAAAUCUUUGUCAUGGUCUGAAAGUUACGCCAGAAGCGUACUGGAGGCUCUGGAUAAAGAUAUUUUCCCGUAUCUGGGCAAACGAAGCGUUACUGAUAUCCUCCCGCUGGAAAUGCUGGAAAUUCUGCGUCGCAUAGAAAAACGUGGUUCGCUGGAAAAACUGCGUAAAGUCCGUCAAUACUGUAAUCAGAUUUUUCGUUAUGCUAUCGCUACCGGACGAGCCACUGUCAACCCAGCAUCUGAACUAACCAGCACUCUGGCGGCACCAAAAACAGAGCAUUUCCCCCACCUGAGAGCAGAUGAGCUUCCUGUUUUUCUCCGGAAGCUCGCUGAGUAUCAUGGUAGUCCUGUUACUCGUAUGGCAACAAAUCUGUUACUUCUGACAGGCCUCAGAACCAUUGAAUUGCGGACUGCUGAAUGGUCAGAAGUUGAUUUUGAUAAUGCCUUAUGGACAAUUCCUGAGAGCCGUAUGAAAAUGCGGCGUAAACAUGUCGUACCACUAUCACGACAGGCCACUGAAAUUCUGUUGCAACUCAAAACUUUCUCCGGGCAAUACCGGCUGGUUUUCCCGGGACGUUGUGAUAUCAACAAGCCAAUGAGCGAAGCCAGUAUCAAUAUGGUGCUCAAACGUAUCGGUUACGAUGGCAGAGCAACCGGUCAUGGUUUUCGUCACACCAUGAGUACCAUUCUGCACGAACAGGGCUUUAAUUCUGCUUGGAUUGAAACGCAGUUAGCUCAUGUAGGAUAA